AUGCACUUCCUCAAGUCCCUCGCCGUCCUCCUCGUCUCCGCUCUGAGCGUGUCCGCCACCCACUUCCACAACAACUACGGCAAGAACGGCUGGAUCCAGGACAACCAGGGCUCCGACAUCCAGCUCAAGAACGGCGGCUCCGUGACCAUCGGCGGCGGCUGGGGCUUUUUCUGGGUCGACAGCAGCGUCUGUUCCAAAAACUCGGUUACCUACACCUGGCCCUCCAGCUACGGCGAUGUCUAUAUCCACAGCGAUGGUUUCUUGUACGACGCUAGUGGUUACCAAAUCUCCGGCGGUGCUCACAUCUGCGGUUAA